UUUGGGGUAAUGGGGUUGAUGGUGGUGGGAAGCAGGGCGGCGCCGCCGCACAAGGCUGGCAUUGGUGGAAGAUGGGCUUGUUUGUUGUGCCUCGCCAGCUUUUGCUUGGGAGUUGCAGUCGUCAACAGUUCUUGAUUUGAAAAUUUUAGCUCAAAUUCCAAUGUAAAGAAUGUAUGCUAGCUAGUUUCUGAUGGAGUUUGGAGGAAUCAUCAAUUAAGAUAGCAAAUUGAGGAAGAAAUAUUUUUUUGAGGCAUUGCAAUAAGCUGGAAGGAUGAGACCUAAUUGGUGGAUUUUGAGGUUGUGGAUUGUACCUGAUUUAGUUGAUCUGGACAAAAGUGCUGGGAAAUUUGGUACUCAUCUUGCUACUAUGGAUUGGAAAAAGUUGGAUGCAUCUAUGGCUGGGGAUAUGCUUUCUCAUGUUUCAAAAACUCACGAUAUGCUCGUGACAUUAAACAAAACCAUAUCUUCACUAGAAAUUAAACUUGCCACAGCAAGAGCUGCAAAGGCGGCUAAGGCUGACAAAAGAGGUGCAGCACCAGAAGCCGAAUCAUCAAAUGACAGCUCGAAGAAAAUCUUUGUUAUGGGAAUUAUUACUGCAUUCAGCAGCAGAAAGCGAAGGGAUUCAAUAAGGCAAACAUGGAUGCCUCAAGGUGAUGGUCUGAAGAAACUUGAUAAAGAGAAAGGCAUAGUCAUAAGAUUUGUGAUAGGGCACAGUGCAAUGCCCGGUGGUAGUGUUUUGGAUAGGGCUAUUGAUGCCGAAGAAGCACAGCACAAGGACUUCUUGAGACUGAAUCAUGAAGAAGGGUACCACGAACUGUCCUCAAAAACACAAAAUUACUUUUCGACAGCUGUGGCCAUGUGGAAUGCUGACUUCUACGUUAAAGUCGAUGAUGAUGUCCAUGUGAAUCUUGGCGUUUUAAGUUCAUUGUUGUCUCGCCAUCAAUCAAAAGCUCGUACAUACAUUGGUUGCAUGAAGUCUGGUCCUGUUCUUGCACAGAAAGGAGUAAAAUACCACGAACCAGAACACUGGAAAUUUGGCGAAGAAGGAAACAAAUAUUUUAGACACGCAACAGGGCAAAUUUAUGCGAUCUCCAAAGAUCUGGCUACCUACAUAUCUAUUAACCGAUGCUUACUUCACAGAUAUGCAAAUGAAGAUGUGUCUCUUGGGUCUUGGCUUAUUGGUUUGGAUGUCGAGCACAUUGAUGAUCGGAGCCUGUGCUGUGGGACACCCCCUGCAGACUGUGAGAUGAAGACUCAGGAUGGAAACCCUUGUGCUGCAUCAUUUGAUUGGAGCUGCAGUGGAAUAUGCAACUCAUCUGAAAGAAUGGAACAAGUUCAUCGGUGUUGCGGUGAGGCAGCAGUUUUGAGGUUUUGACGAGGUUGCCUCACCUUUGUCGUUACAAACAGCGGGCCGGUGCUUUUGUUUCUGCAUUCUGGGUUUUUUUGUUCAUUCACUAAUCACUAACCAUGUGCAUGUGUUGUUUAUGCUUUGGUGGUUAGUCUGUUUUAGUUGUAGAGUUAACUUAUGUAUUUAUUUAAUUAAUCAAGUGAUGCCACGGCCACCCUCUCUUGUAGUUGGGAGUAAAUUUUCCAAUUCCGGUGUAUUUGUAUUUUGUCCUGUAAGGCUGUAAGUGUAACUAUAAAAUAUUACUAGUACUAUAAUUUAACUUUUUAACCAA